AUUUUUUCCUGGUCAAAUCGGUCGAUUUCAUCAUCUCGUCUGUACUAUAGUAGACGCAAACCAAACUGACGACCGGGGUCGUAAAACUUCUCAUUCACACUCGCGUGGUCGUAGGUAGGAUGAGAGAGAUAGUGAUAUGACCUCGGUCGUCAGUUUGGUUUGCGUCUACUAUAGCCUUUUGAUCAAAGAGUAGUAGUGUCAAAUCAAGACAAGUUGGCAGCGAUUUUUGACAGCCCGUACAGUGCAAGUGUUAUUUUAAACGUCAAACUACUAUGAAAUUAUGACGUUUACUUAACACUUGCACAGGCUUGGCUAUCAAAAUCGCUGCCAACUUAUCUUGUUCUGGCUCUAUGACUUAGAAUAUCGACGGCAUUUGUAGAUUCGUCCGUUCGGUCAUUCUUGGUUCCGAUCGGCUCAGCAUUGCUCCGAGCAAUUAUUAGGGCUGGCACAACUUGACGUCCAUUUGCGUGCUCGAGCACAGAUAAGAUAAUGAUUUGAAUUUUGACAACCCUAAAUAGCCGAAAGGGAUAGUGCCGUAUAUUAGAAAGGGACAACAUGAUUCGUCCCUGAAUCGCUGUCAAACUUCGGUUUUAUAGGAAGUGUCAUUUCUAUACGGCAUUGUAGUAUAUUUAUUCUGUGGUAGAGGCAAUUACUUGUCGUAGUCGUCAAAUAGUCGUCACUGUCAGUUGUCAUUUUGUUUCAUGAAAAUGAGUGAGUGCAGUUGACUUGUUUUGGUUUUGUCUGAAUUUCCUACCUAUGAUUUUGUUUCCCGUUGCAAAGUCUCAAAUUUUUUGGGCAGCAUGUGUUCGAAGCCGGUGAAGGCUGAGCCCGUGUCACCCGCGCGGGACGUUGGCGAGGAGGUGGAGCCGUGUCAACUACUGUUUACUCAACACAUGUGCGUGACCGUAAAGGUGGAGACGGAUGUGGUCGCUGGGGGGGAGUGGAGGGGGAACAGGGAGGGGGCGAGCGGGACAUCGCUGAGUAGAAGUGAGACGGAGCGCGCGGCUGGACCGGAGACGGAAGUGCACAUUAAGGAGGAGCCAGAAAGUGACUCGCCGGUGCGUGUGAAGGAGGAGCCCUACUGGCCGAACAGCGAGGCGUGCGGCGGGAGCGGGGCAGGCAUGCUGGCCGACCUGGACGCCGAGCACGAAGUAACGAUCGAGAUAGAGCUGAGACAGGAGCACCCUCGCCGCUCCGUUCUGCCCCUUCAAGCUUCAGCUGCCGCGACCACGAGCCGGCCCGAAGGGUCCGCAUCCGCCUACCAAUGUCACCAUUGCAGCAAACGGUUCAGAAAUAACUCUGUUUUAAAGAAACACAUGCACACUCACUCGUCGGGACCUAAUUCCACUGGAGAGAAAGAUGUACGCUGUCAGAUGUUACAAAUGGAUCAUAAAUGUAGCUUUUGUGACUAUAAAAACGACAGGAUGUCAUCUAUACGUACCCACGAGAGGACACACACUGGCGAAAAACCAUUCAGAUGCGAUCACUGCGAGUACAGCUGUUCGCGCAAGUCAUACAUGCGAAGUCACAUGAGGACACACACCGAUGAGAAACCCUUUCAUUGCAGCGAUUGUGACUUUAAGUGUAGGUUUAAAUCGGGUUUGAUAUCACACGAAUGGAUACACAAGGGGGAGAAGCAAUAUAAAUGUGAGCAUAAUGAUUGUGACUACGCAACCACAACGAAACGGCAGCUGCGGGCUCACCAGAUGAUACACACCGGUGAGAUGCCCUUCCAGUGUUCGAGCUGUGACUUAAAAUGCAGGACUAAUCUCAGUCUACGACGUCAUGAAUAUAGAGUGCACUCUAGUGAAAAACGUUUCGAGUGUAACAAGUGCGAAUUCAAGGGCAAAAGAAAAGAAGAUCUACGAAAUCAUCAGUUGACGCACACCGGUAAGAAGCUUUUCAAUUGUAAUUACUGCGAUUAUAAGUUUACUCAGAAAUCUAACUUACGGGUGCACGAGAUGAGACACACUGGUGAGAAGCCCUUUCAAUGUGGCGAGUGCGAGUACAAGUGCAAAUCAAACAGAGAUCUCCGAAAGCAUCUGAGAAUACACACGCGGGGGAAAAACCGUUUAGUUGCGACCACUGCAACUACGAGUGCAGGCAACAAUAAGCAUGCUUGAAGCUCUAUCACAAGAACAUGACAUUUAACAGGGACGACAUUAAGAUUUGUUUGGAUAAGUUUCGAAAGAGAAACAAUUAGGUUAGUAUAAGGGCAUUUACAAUAGAGUUACUAGCUAUACUUAAGUAGGUAUAAUAAAUAUUUUUAUUUCAGAAUUUUAUGUGGUUUCACCUGUCCCAUUGUCUGAAUUCAAUCUUGUCAGCCACAUUUAGACCCACCCCAAUUAUUCGAUCGAGCGGACCAUGUGAUCACGUGAUCGAAGCUGAUCUGAUGACGGAGACAGGAGGUAGCCAUAGGAACUCUGUGAUAAAACUUAAUCUGUUAGAAUUGUCGUGGCGAAUAUUCGUUGAGUGUUUAACAAAAUAGGACAGUCAGCAAUAAAAGCUUGUACCAAAAACGUAAUUUUUGACAGAAACUUAUUUGUAUUAAGUAUAUGUUUUAAAUGUAUUUUUGUAUUGCACUUUGUACAUCUGGAGGCACGGCAGUGCCCCCGCCAAGGCGAACAAAAAAACGGCACGGCCGUACCAUCCUUUUCUCGAAGCGGUUCAGGUCAUUUUCGACCCCCCUAUAAAUUCUUUUUGGAUAAACUAGAAUUUUCAGUAACCAGGCAGACAUUGUAUAAACACAGUAUAUUCCAAAUUUCAUUCAAUUUGAACCAGUAGGUUAAGAAUCACUAGUCAAAGUUUCUUAAUUUUGUCACUCACUCACUGUCUGACCAAUAUGCAGUAUAAACAGAAUGACUUGACCAUUGCAUGAAAACACAAUGUAUCUCACAAGUAAUACAUAUUAUAUUAAAUUAGAUUGUUUAGUGCGAUUGCCAAGUCAAUCUAUUUAUUUAAACAUAAAAGAUUUUUAAUAUUGAUGUGGUCACUAUAAGAUGUUGUUAGUUUAGCUAAUUACGUAAUAACUUAAGACAGAAGGUCCCUUAAGUAGGGACUGAAUAAAUUAACCGACUUUGUAUUACAUGGAUCUCACAGCUUUUUACGCUAGAAGAACUGAGUUGCGAGACUUGGUUUUUUUUACAAGUUAUAUUUUUGAUGGCAUAAUAAAUUAACUUUCAUAAGUUGUACAUAUUAAUAAGUGCUUGGUUCCUCUUUUGACGUGUUCAAGAUACCUGUAUUAAGAGACAACCGCUCUUCCACAACAGGUUAACAAUUCUAAAUCUAACAUGACGUAUAAACGUAAAUAAAACGUUAAGGUAUUUAUUUAUUUCAAAUAACAGACUGCACCUUACAGCUAAUGCCGAAGCGGAUCAAAUUGAAAAUAUUUGCAUUCCAUACAUUAGAUAAUACCCGUGUAUGUGCAUAUGUGUGUGUUUUAUUCAUUGUAAUAAGUCUUCAAUUUCUUAAUGUGUUUUAGAUUAUAACCAUUUUGUUACUAAAUAACCAUUAAACCCUAAGCAUCUAGUUUGGGAAUGUACAUAAAAUAUGCUAAUUUAUAUAAAAUUCACAGAAAACAUGAUACUAAAGGUGUACUUCAAUUGUUUUAUAUCAGUAGAAGUUAAAUUAAAUCUUCGUCUUCUUCUCUUUCUCUCCCACGUUUCUUAGAUUAAGUAAUUGAUUUGAGUGUUCAGUAUAAUAUUAUAAGUAAAUAUUGGACAUUCUUACAUUAUUUGACAAAACCUCGAAGCUCAAAAAGGCUAGUGUUGUGGGUACUUAGACAACGAUAAUAUAUAAUAUACAAAUACUGAAAUACAUAGAAAAUAUCCAUGACUCAGGAACAAAUAUCUAUUCUGUACUCUUCACACAAAUAAAUGCCCUUACCGAGAAUCGAACCCAGGAUCAUCAGGUUCAUAAGCAGGGUCACUACCCACUAUAGGCCAGACCGGUCAUCAACGGUAAUUAUACUAUAUACUGCCUGAUGGUUUUACUCAUAUUUUAAAAAAGCUUGCAGAUAAAAUCUUUGCUCAAACUGGGGAAUCUGAGGGGACUUUAGCUGCCAAAGUCAACAUAGGGGAAAGUCCUUCCGAAUCUUUCUUCAUGCAUCCGACAAAUGCCAGCGAAAUCAAGAAUAUCAUUUCGCAGCUCAAAACAAAUAGUGCACCGGGCCUAGAUGGUAUGGGCAGCGACCUGAUAAAGUCUGUUGGUCACUUAAUAUUGCAACCAUUAACACAUAUCUAUAACCUAAGUUUAGGUUCAGGUCAAUUCCCAGAGCAGUGGAAGAUAGCAUCUAUCACCCCUGUAUAUAAGGAUGGAGCUAAGAACGAACCUAGCAACUAUAGACCUAUAUCCCUACUUAGUGUUCUUUCGAAGAUGCUGGAGAAACUAGUCAAUAUCAGACUCGUAAAAUUCCUUGAAAGGAGCGGAGUGCUUUCGGAGAGACAAUUUGGCUUUAGGGCACACAGGUCCACUGAAGAUGCAAUCUCACUCUUGGUCAAUGUAAUAUCUUCAAACCUGGAUAAUAACAUAAAUUGUAUCGGCGUUUUCUUGGACCUGGCCAAGGCUUUUGACACUGUGUCUAGACCAAUACUUCUUAAAAAGCUUGAGAAAAUGGGGAUUCGGGGCGUGUCCCUGGCCUGGUUCGAUAGUUAUCUAUCAGAAAGAAGUCAACUGGUUAAAGUGGAUUGCCACAGCAGCGGUCUGGAUAAAGUCGAUUUCGGGGUCCCGCAGGGGAACGUGCUUGGGCCUACACUAUUCUUAAUCUACAUUAACGAUAUUCAUAAAAUUUCCCUCCCCCAAGCUGAAAUAAUCUGCUAUGCCGAUGACACAGUGAUUCUUUUUAAAGGCGAUACUUGGGAGAGUGCUUUUGCUGCAGCAGAAAAGGGUAUGAGUAACGCCGCUUGUUGGUUUCGAGAUAACCUACUGACCUUAUAGUAAAAAGACUAAAUUCUUGUGUUUUCAUAAAUCUGCCGCUUCCAGUCCCACUAAUUCUACAAAUCUAAUCAAAAUUCAUAAUUGCAACAAUGUCAGUAACUUAGCAUGUUCUUGUGAAGUCAUAUGUCGUUCCAACUCUAUCAAAUAUCUUGGCUUAGUUAUAGACGAAAACUUAAAUUUCAAAUCCCAUAUCAACUGUCUCUCCAAUAGGAUUAGGAAAACGAUGUAUAUAUUUAAGAAACUUCGACUUUCCGCGAACAUGAGCCUUUUAAAAAAUACAUACAUCUCUCUAUGUCAGUCUCUAAUUACAUACGCCAUUGGAGUUUGGGGCAGUGCUGCAAAGACGUCAAUCUUAAUGGCUGAAAGAGCCCAACGUUCGGUCUUAAAGGUAAUGCUCAAAAAGCCCUUCAGAUAUCCGACAAACAGCCUCUACCAGGAAGCCAAAGUACUGACAGUCCGCCAGCUUUACAUACAUAAAGUCUGUCUCUCGAUUCAUAAACGCGCUGCUAAAUCCGAAUAUUAUUCGAAAUUACUAUCUAAACGCGUAUUCAAGUUGCCUGUUCCGAGGGUAGUGUUAACCCUAUCAACUUAAUGAAUGAAUGUCAUAUUUAUUAUACAUAUAAAAAUAAAUUUUCGUUUUUCGUUGACUUGCAUGACAUUUAUAUGUACUUCUGGUCUCCCGCGAUACAGGCCUAGCCUAGUGCGGGGACUCCUGGAAACUCUGUUGUCAAUCUAGUUAUGCACCAACUCUUAAAAACAACCGCUGUAUACUUUUUCUGUGUCCUUUCUUGUGCAAUAAACAUAUUUUUUAUC